CUCUUGCUAGGGGUUAGGUGUCUUGACAGAUGCCAGUGCCCAAAGCUGAACGCCAUCGGCUGGAGCAGCCUGCCUGGUAUGUUCAGGCUUUCAUCUGUCCUGCAGAGAUAGAUGACACUCUCCCUUGCGCUCCUCCUUCCGAACUCUAGCUCCAUAGGGUGUGUGGCACAAGAGACGAGGCGGAGCGUCACGCUUCAAGCGAUAAUGCCUGGCAGACACCCCAGCUGCAGUCUUACACAGUCUCACUUCAACAGCAGCAGAGGCAGGAGGGAAAGACUGGGCACCUCAGAGGUCUUUUGGCACAGCGGAGGACAGGAUUUCGUCAUGGAUCUGACCUUGGGCAUGGAGGCCCAGGCUCUCCUAGAAGACAUGUUGGAGAUUACGGCCCAGAAUCUGGUGCACAUGGAGGUGACUGAGCACUACAAAAUCAUCAAGGAACUGGGGAAAGGGAAAUAUGGGCAGGUGGUUCUGGUGACUCAUAGAAAGAGAGGGACACCCAUGGCUCUCAAGUUGUUACCGAAGGCUAGCACCAAGCUGCAGAAUUUCUUGUAUGAGUAUUGUGUGGCCCUUUCACUCUCUGCACACCCUGCCAUCGUUGGGAUGUUUGGCAUUGCCAUAGAAUCCAGCCAGCACUAUGGCUUUCUCUAUGAGGCAGCCCUGCAUAGAGACCUUAUCUCUAUCAUCAAGCCCAAGGCUGGCAUCCCUGAGCCAGCAGCUAAGCUCUGUGCCAAGCAGCUGGUGAGCGCUCUGGACUUCAUCCACAGCCGGGGCCUUGUGUACCGAGAUGUCAAGCCGGAGAACAUCCUUCUUUUCGACCGCCAUUGCCGCUGCAUCAAACUGACAGAUUUCGGCCUGACUCGACCCCAGGGCACCCUGCUGCGUCUGGUGGCUGGGAUCAUCCCCUACACGGCGCCGGAGUUGAGCCGUGGCACGGGCGAUACCCCUGGCCUGCCCAUCGAUGCCAGCCUGGAUGCUUGGGCCCUCGGGGUCCUCAUCUUCUGCCUGCUCACUGGCUACUUCCCUUGGGAGAAGACUGUACCUGAGGAUUCUUUCUUUGAGGACUUUGUGGAAUGGCAACAGUCUGGCUUGGAGGAAGACCUGCCAUUUCAUUGGCGCCCACUCUCUCGCGACGCUGUUGCCAUGUUACAGAGCCUCCUGGCUCUGGAGCCUUUAAAGCGUGGCCCUGUACGUCGGGUGCUCAACUACCUUGACCGGCCAUGGAGAGCAGAAGUGGCUCCCACAAAGCCCUAAUGAUGAUCUAAUAGAGCUGGAAGGAAUUUGAAGACAUGUGGGGUGGGGUGGGGGACAAAGGAAACAGUAACAAGCAAUUUUUCCAAAUGUAGAGGUGGGGAGGGGAAUGUGUGUCUUCAGAUAUUGCUAGAUUACGUACACCUCCCAACACAGCCAAUGCUAUGAGAUGAAGGGAGCUGGUGUCCAGAACAAUUGAUGGGGAACACGUUCUCCAUCUCUGUCCUAAUGCAAAGCUGCCAGCAGAAAUUCAGAUUUCUACAAACUCCCUUUGAUUAAUUUACAACAUUUUGGUUUUUAACUCUCCCCAAACAGUCUGCAGGGCACAUUUCUAGAAGCAACCACGAAGUCACUUCUGAUGUUUCAAAAUAUUUUUUCUCUCUCAGUUAAAAGAAGGUUCUGGGAAAAUUGUGGAGUCAUGGAGAAUUCUGCCCGCAGAAGAUUAGAAAUGUAUGGUUCUCCCUUUGCUUUUUACAAAUGUUGCUGUUAUUGUAAAAAUGUACUGCAUUCUCUAAUAUACAUGCUGGUGAACACUGAAAAGAAGAAAAUGGGUGAAAAAAAUGACUAGUUCAUUGGGUAAUUUGAUAUUCAAGAAUAUUGGCUUAAUUUAUAUAACCAAGAUGUAAUAUUUCCUAAAAGUUUAAAGUGCCACUUAAAAAUCAAAAUUAAAGUUUGAAAUUUUAAAUUCAAAUUUUGAAUAUUUGCCAGAUUUUGAAUUGUUAUAAGGCCUUGUUUUAGUUCUACAAGACAGGCCUAUCAAAGUGGCCCUCUCAUAUAGCACAUUCUGUUCACCAGCUAUAAAAACCUGCCUGAUAUUGGAAGCAGCUAGCUGUGUGAUAGUACUGCAAAAAAACACAUGAGCCAUUUUCUUGUGCUAUUUUCUUUACCAGAGUACUUUUCCCAAACGUCUCAUCAGUAGACUUUAUUUUUUUCCUAGUCUCCACAUUGUUUUUAACAUGAUAAAGUUACAACUGCAUGAUUUUUCACCCAUCUUUGAUUAUGCUCAAAUGUUUCUUUUGAAUGGCACCUUCCUUUUACACGGAAUACCCACUUGGGUGCUAUCAACCUCAUCUGCAACCUACUUUCCCUUCUAAAGAGCCUGCUUCUCCAAAAUAUGGCAUCUCUGACCAAACACCUUUAAUUAUCUUGCAGAGAAAUUUCACUGCCAGAUUUGAAGAUGGUUCCCUCAAUUUUUUGCUGAGAGCAAGAUAAUGCAGGAAUCAUGUCCCUAACCUGUUACACAUAGAAUCAUAUAAUAGUGAAGUUGGAAGGGGGCUAUAAGGCCAUCAAGCCAAACCCCUUCUUAAUGCAGGAACAUAAAUCAAACGGUAUUUGCCAGAUGGUUGUCUAAGUUUCUCUUGAAUGCCUCCAGUGUUGGAGUACUCACCAUCUCUCAAGG